AGUCUGGGUGGGGGUUGAGGCUGAAUUCAAAAGUUUUCACUCUGCAAGGGUGAGUGUAUAAAUAUUCUCAGGAGCCCGUCAUUUACAUGCAAAUAAUGUGUGACUCUCCUGCAUUCUCGCCAGUCCUGGGGAACUCGGCCUGACAGCGCUGGGGCGUAAUCCCGAUGCUGCAUUCCUUUUAGCGUGCUCUAACUUGGCCUUGACUCUCACUCUGCAUUAGUUUACUGGGCUGAGGUUGGGCUUAAAGUGAGUGGCCUUGCGAGCUGGGUCAAAGCCUCAAGGAGAGCCGGGCUUGGCUCCUGGCCCCACCAUGCCUCUUGCCAGCGUUUUCAGAUCCUUCCACAGGUAGAGCUGUUCUCUGGAGGGUAAGUCAUCCACUCCCACUCACUCAGCAAGCCUUAGAGUCAGCCUGUGGGUGGACGGGGGCUCAGAGAACUAGCUCUCACAGUUUCUGCCCGUCACUGAAUGUGCAGCCUAAUUGGGAAGCUAAGGCACAUCCCCUAAAAAAGACAAAUGACACCAGCAGAUCUGCACAGAAGAUAGUAGGGGCCCGGGGGCAGGUGUGAGGCCGUAGCUUCUCAGAGGACAGAGAUCGGUGAGGGCUGACUCACUGCAGAAGCACAUCUAAGGUAUGGCAGGUAUGGCACGUGCCCUGGGCACUCCUUGAAGGGGGUCGCCACCGAGCAGUCUCUGUUAACCAUCACAGUUUCCAUCGCCAGCUGUGAGAGAUCAUUCAGCAAGUUAAAACUAAUUCUUUUGUAUUUGAGAGCCUCCGUGGGUCAAGGCCGACUGCAUGAUCUUGCUCUGCUGAGUGUAGGAAGAGAAGAAACUGAAAAAAAUAACUCUGAGCGCAUCAUAGAUCAGUUCUCACCAGUAAAGCGAGGAAGGUGCAGUUGUGAUUUUCAGAAACCCCACCCCCGGGUUACCUGAGUGAAGAUGGAGAAACCAGUGACCACCAGAUGAACCACAGCAUGGAUGCAGGUUCUCCAAACCUAUCCCCAAAUCCGAUGUCCCCAGCACACAAUAACUUGGACCUGCAGCCAGUCACCUACUGCGAGCCAGCCUUCUGGUGCUCCAUCUCCUACUACGAGCUGAACCAGCGUGUUGGGGAGACCUUCCACGCCUCCCAGCCAUCCAUGACAGUAGACGGCUUCACCGACCCUUCCAACUCAGAGCGCUUCUGCCUCGGGCUGCUCUCCAACGUCAACAGGAAUGCAGCAGUGGAGCUCACAAGGAGGCACAUCGGGAGAGGUGUGCGGCUCUACUACAUCGGAGGUGAGGUCUUUGCAGAGUGCCUCAGCGACAGCGCCAUUUUUGUCCAGUCUCCCAACUGUAACCAGCGCUAUGGCUGGCACCCGGCCACCGUCUGCAAGAUCCCACCAGGAUGCAACCUGAAGAUCUUCAACAACCAGGAGUUUGCCGCCCUCCUGGCUCAGUCUGUCAACCAGGGCUUCGAGGCUGUCUACCAGCUGACACGCAUGUGCACCAUCCGCAUGAGCUUCGUCAAGGGCUGGGGGGCAGAGUACAGGAGACAGACGGUGACCAGUACCCCCUGCUGGAUCGAGCUGCACCUGAAUGGUCCUUUGCAGUGGCUUGACAAGGUCCUCACCCAGAUGGGCUCCCCAAGCAUCCGCUGUUCCAGCGUGUCCUAGAGACCUUGGGUGUGAAGGGGGAGGGUGGGAAGGAUGGGCUUGGGGAAAAUGGCCAUUAGGAGGUAGAGAAAAUCAGAACUCUGCUCAACCCACUGUUGUCAAGAAAGAAAAUUUUCUCCCUCAACCCAAGGGCACCAACCUGUUCUCCAAAACACAAAGGCAAACUCAGAGAUGGAUUUUCUGAACAGCUGUGUCUGCUGAACCAAUUUGUCCUUCGGCCCUCAGUUUGAAGGACAAGCAAUGGCUUCUGCUCGGGUGGCUUGAGCAAACAGGUAGUACUUCACCACGUGCUCCCUCCCCUACCCCCUUCUUUUUUAGUGACAGCGAUCUGGGAUGCCACUGCCCAACAGGAAAUGCCCCUCUGGUCAGCACAGGCAUGUGGAAUUCACCUUGGAAGGGUCUUCUAGGUAGGGAAAAGCCUGUACGGGCAUGAGCAAACCUCCUGCCCCAGCUCCCUGGCGCUUUCGACAAUGCCACUUCAGCUGUGCAGUCGCCAGCCCCACCACUCCGGCAAGCCCUGCGCCUCAUGAGUUGGAUUGACUUGGGGUGGGGAGGGGCUUAUCUGUCUCCCUCCCCACCACCCCAGAACAUUCUGAUGGGCGUGAGCAAGUGUGUUCAGUAGGACGUGCACAAGGGGAUAGUGGGAAAAGUUGGUGACAGCCACCUCUUCUUCAAAAACUCUUAAAUUUGUCCUUUCUCACUUUGCAAAGUCGGAAGGAUCUGUCGAGGCUCCGUGCAUAUAUAUGCACUGUAUGGUCUAUAUUAUCACAUUAAUCUCAAAGAGAUUUGAAUUACAUUAAGUACUGACAUGAAGCAAGGGGCAGUUGUCAGGUGAUGAUACCUGGGCUAAGGCAGCACUACGUGGUGUGGGUCUCCCCCGGUCAUCUCUAAGAGCUCACUCCACAUUCUGAUGCACAUGGCUAUACUGGUUUAUGUAGUCAGUUGCAUUAAUUAAAUGAACUUUAUCAUAUGCUUUUUAAAUGUUUGUUUUAUCUUAAAAACAAAUCCUGGGUUGGCGCAUUGACCGGGAAACUGGAGUGCGAUCCAGCAACUUCUCCCCCUUCGCUCCCCCAAGGUGAAGCUUUCCCAGGUUGUGUUGAGGAGACACCUGCCAGCACUUUUGGAAACUGAAAUUUACAGAAGCCAGUUUAUCAGGAGGGAAAAUCUCAGGCCAAUGGAUGAAAACGGCUAUUAACUUUUUAUUUUUUUUACACCUUUGAAAAUUGCAGGCUUGGUGCAGAGAGAUCCAUCAUCUUUCCCCUGGGCUCUGAGAUUCUGUAGCUCACAGUAGAGGCCCAUCAGUGGCAACUCCCGCAGUUCUGUUGUGUAAUAAGUACUGCUUCCAGUGGCAAUUAGUGAGAAAAUUAUUAUAAAUUAUUUCAGUUGAAAAAAGAAAUGAGCCCUCUUCUUUUACUGGCCUUUUGCAGAAUACAGCAGACAGGAUUGCCGCCUGCAACUGGUAUUAAUUAUUCUUUGCUGCUGUUUUUGUAUGAAAUGACUUAUCCCAUAUUUUUGCAUGGAUUUAUACCAGGAAAAAUAAAGGGAUUUCCCAUGGAAAUCCUGUCUUACUCCAGGUGAAGGGGAGAAAGUGUAAACUUCUGGCAGGUAUAAGCCUCAAAUGUGAUGACAUUUCUGAUGCCGUAUGAAGAUGCUGGGGCUCCCUGGUGCCCCCCCUACAGCAUCCUGUGCUUCUGAAGCUCUAGCCUUGAGGUUUCCAGGUAGGAGAGCUGCUCCCCAAGCCUCCUGAGGACACAGGAAGAGACUCAAGGAGCAGCUUGCAGAUUUGUGCCAAUCUUCCUGAGGGGGUGUUGACACAGAACCCAAAGACGAUACAAAACCUCUUGGCUCCACCUGAGAGGCCAUGUACUGCGGGCCUGAAGUUUAUGCCUGGUGUGAAAUGAUCUGUGGACUGCUUCUUACCAAUGCAGGAAACCCCUGGAAGACUUCCAGUCGAGGUCUGAGACCCAGGGCACGGAUAUUCAAUUGGCUUCUGCUGGAGCAAUCCUGGUGCCUCUCCUGAAAGCCACAGGUGGGCAGUGGUUUCCGAGGGCCUGCAUUCUCCACUUGCUACACAAUCCCAUUUUAGGGUUUCCCGUGGCACACGUCCUCCAGGUACUUGGGAACUGUCUUCAGAUGCAGCCUAAUUUUGGUGAUCCCGUGGUCACUUCUGGCAGCAUUUGGAUGGGGUCUUAGAACCCUCAAUACUCAGACCUGAAGCUUACUUCCAGGAGGCAUGAAGUUUUAGUUUUGUGUUUUUUCCAAAGGCUACUUAACCCUUUUUCUUUACAGAAUAGACCGUGGCGAGGAGGACAUGUGAGGAGAUACUAGGCAAGCUCACUGUCGGCAUCACCGAAUAUAAAUUUGGUUGUACUUAGAGGUUAGGAAAAUGGCGCCAUUCCCAUCCUAGAGUGCUUUGGGGCACGUGUAGUAUUAGUGCCCUUCCUUAAGUCACAAAACUAGUUGUCUUAGUUUUAAAAUCCUGUUGUAUGAGUGGCAUUUACACAUUAAAACAAAAACCUUUUUUAAAAGACAGUUAAAAGGGGCAAGAGCAGUUCUAGAGCCGUGACUGCGGCAUUAGAUGGCCCUCUGGAGUAUUGUUUAUCUGGGCAACAUGAUCUAGUGUGUCCUCCCCUGCCUGGCUCCCCACGCAUGACGUCUUCACCUUGCGGCCUAUGCCAGCACUGACCCGGGCCAGCAAUGACCCGAGACUAGCUAGCACCGGAGUGUGUAUCUUUGUCCUGGGCACCUCCCUGAGGAGCCGGCUUUUAUUCCCAUUCCUCUCCUCCCCCACCAGCCACCCCGUUCUUGCCAACUUUAUUUAGUAACUUAGAUCUUGCCCGCACAAAUGCAGGUAGCUCCCCUGGCCGGUUUGGAUUACAGGCCUGUGCUGGAACAUCAUCUCAGUUGGCCACCUUCCUGGCAGGUGGCAGAAGAGCUGACAUUCUGAGACAAGCUUAGAGUCAGGAGCAGAGACUCUUGACUAUCUGAGGAGGAACACAUACGAGGGCAAGGCUGCUGGCAGACUUCUCCAUUGUCCUUACAUUGUCUGUGCUCUAUUUUUUUAAUUGACUGUGGUGAUUCUUUUUUAAAAUCAUUAUUAACGUAUUGACAUGAGCUAUAGCACAUAUCUUGUGCUUGAUUUGUUUUUCUCCAUCUCCCCUGGACUUCCUUCAGUUUGGACAUAUUCCAGGGCGAAGUGCUUUUACUCAAACCAAAGGGGGGAAAGGGUUUUCAUCAUGUGUGCAUGUUGUGCAUGUAUGUGUGGUCUGGGGAGAAGACAAACAUCUGGUUUCUUUCUUAGCCCCAGGCGGCCAUUUUGGAGGCUCCAUGAAGGGUGUCCACAGGGCCACGGCUCACAGUAGCCCCUCUCCUUAGUCCUUCAAAGGGGGGCGAUGGAAAGGAGUCUGCAGACUGCUCCAGGGCCUAGUACCAAGGGGGUUAACAGUAGCAAGAGAGGGCACAAGUUUAGCUCUGGACCCUGCUUCUUACUGUGUCACUUUCAGUGGCAGAAUGGGAGUUUAACCCCAAAUAUAGACGUGUCCCCAUUUUACUAGAUGAAAACCUAAACUAACACAGCUGAAGUGUACCAUUUUCUUUGUGGCACAAAUGUUCCCUUGUAGGGCCUCCUCCUUAGGUACAAAUCUUCACAAUGUAUGUCACCCUUUUAAGGAGAAUCAGUUACUUCUCAAGUGGUUGAGUAAAGCAGAAAAAUUUAUGCUGGAGAAUAUGGUUUAAAAAUGAAAAGGCAUCUCCGACGGGAAGUCAGUGGGACAAUGAUUGGAUACACAGGCAACUUGUCCGAAACACAUCUAUCAUAUAACACGGACUCACCUAUUGUGUAAACUGGAUUGAGAAACUCUCUCAGUGAUUGUGUAACUGAUUUUUUUUUUUUUUUUAAUGCUGAAGUAAUGUAUACUCUAGCAUUCUGGUGUUUUUAUAUUUAUGUAAUAAUUUCUUAAAACCAUUCAGACAGAUAACUAUUUAAUGUUUUGAAGAAAGCUGGCAAAGCCUCUCCUCCCAAGGACAGUGGCUGGGAAGAGUUGGGGGAACAGCCAGUUCUGAAUGUUGAUUGAGGGUGUAGUGGCUUUUUUGGCUCAGCAUCGGGAAACGCCAACCCAGGCUGGCUCAACAAGUGGCAGCAUGUACAGACAGGCAGCUCUGACUCAACGCAGGACCUUUCCCCAGGGGUCUCCUGAACUACGCCCCUGCUCCCUUCCUCCGGGGGAACUUUAUACAGAGGGAUGGAGCCACCCUUGCCCAAGAAGCCUUCAAUCACCUCCACGGCUGCUGCUGCAACCAGGCUGUUCUUGACUCUCAUUUUGGUGUUGGGUGGUGGGGGGAGGGGAAGGCCGUGGAGGAUGUUGAAUACCUUCACCUCUCAGCCAGCCUGACCUUUUAGUACCUUUGUAAAAAGCAUGUAUGUAUUUAUAGUGUUUUAGAUUUUUCUAACUUUUGUAUCUUAAAAGCAGAGCACCUGUUUGUUGAAGCAUUAUACCCCUACUGUUGAAGAUCUGUGUCCUCUCCUCCUCCUCUUCCCCCCUAAGUACCCUUCUAAUAAAUGUUUCAUUGAAAAGCACCUGCGCCAGGGGCGCCAUCUGAUUCUUGCUGCUGUCUCUGGGUGGGGAGAUUUCCAGAGCAGCCCAGCGGGUCCCAGGGGCUUCAGAGCUGUGGGGGUCCAGAGGAAACUGCACACCCAAAUGUACUUUGGCCCAGGAUGUGCCAGGCCAAGUCUGUCAGUCCUCAUGCAUUCUCCAGCGGCCCUCAUUCAUUCACUGAAAGCAAACUGCAGUGCCAGCCAGCCCUUCAUGAUAGCAGGAGGCCCUCAGCCAUCAGAAGCAAAGGUCAGAAGUUUUGCAAUUGGCGCAUCUCCUAGCAAUGGUGUUUUGCGUUCAAUUCUUGUGUACUCAAGGCCUCUGGCGAAUCAUUAAAUGCCACCACCCUAACUAACCUCAAGCCUGCUACCUCUUGCUCUGCUUGUCCUCCCUAGCCUGUCUCUUCCAUACUGCCACCAUGUCCUAAAUACCACCAGAUUAACCUUCCCUCAGGCAAGGAGUAAGAUGUUUUAGAGUCAUAACUACACCUUCCAGCUCAGACUACUGUGUCUGUUGGCUCCUGGGAAAACUCAUUUUGAAUUAAAAACUACCAAGGAGAAAGAGACUUCAAAAAAUGGUUUCCCUGACUGAAUCUUACACUGACCCCAGAUGAUGUGGAGUUAGAAACACAUGAUUAAAAUGUAAAAUGCCAUUUGGAUUUAAUAGUUUAAGAGAAUCUGGGGGAGAAGCACAGAAUGGAGGCUGGAAUAACCCUUCAGUGGGGGGGCCACUUUUACAGCAGUCUUCCUUCUAAGGACCUCAUCAGAGUCCAGCACCUCCAGGGAGGCAGAUUUCAUGAAGAGCACCUGUGAGCCUACAGAUUUGGUCUCUAGGAGCCACAUCCAGUUCUUACCUUUAUGAUUCGUCUUUGGCUAGCUCUUCUACCCUCCUGCCCCCUAAAUGACUUUCCCAUUGUUUUACUGUAAGUCGAAAUUUCUUAGGUGACUUCUCAAAUCGGUACCUCUAACCCAGCCUGUUCUUGAGUUCCACGCGUUUAAAUUCCAACUGCCUGUUAGACGUGAUCCAGAACAUUAACAGCCUCGGAGUGGGAUCAUCUUCCCCAUCUCGCCCGAGCUGGCUCCCUUUUCUCACACUGACUUAUCAGUAGCCUCACCAUUCUCCAAGCCUUGAGCAGCUUGGUCCAUUUCUUUCCCUUGCUCUCCAACACCUCUCUACAGAAACUGCUCUUGUCGAGGACAUCAACAGGCCUCCUUGCUACAGCUCCCCCUGUUGAUUAAAACUCCUUUUGGAAAGGCCCUACUCCUGAGCUUCCCAGUUCGUCUUGGCCCUCUCACACAAUCUCUUUUCCUUGGGCCUGCCCCUCUUCUGCCUACUUCUUCAGGGUUGGUGUUCCCAGAUCACUGUAUGUACGCUUGCCGUUCCUCCAUGUGUGGUUUCACCUACCCUUACAAUUUCAAACCACGAAAAUGUUAACGACUCCCAAAUCAGUAUUUAUACCUCAGACAUCAAUACUAGGCUUCUGACUCCUAUCUGACAGCCUGCUGGAUACCUGUACAUAAGAGGUGCCACCAGUACCUCAAACUCAUACUUUAUAAAACCGAAAUCACCAUUUCCCUUCUUAAACCAUCGCCCAGUCCUCUGGCCUUUAGCCCUGUUUCUGCCACCACCAUUUACCCAACCUACACCCACCGGAAGUUAGACCACCCUCUCUCUCUCCACACCCAGUCAGUCCUGAUUCUCCUCUUUGUUCUAGUCCCACUUUUACUGCCCUAUACUCAGGCCCUCUAGCUUCCUAACUGGCCAACAGCAUUCUGUCCUAUAAAUGUAUCACUGCCCUCAGUGACCUAUCUGACUUUACCUGGCUCCCCACAGUCCACAGCACAAAUUCUAAGGUCUUCAACAUGCACCACUUGACCUUCAUUAUCCGG